UUGGGCAUUAAACAAGCACAAGACAAAAUAAGGAAAGAAUUAUUUUGCCACCCCGGCCUCCCACAGGAGCCGGGGAGCUUGGCCCAAUCUUCGGCCGCUCAAACUGGGGCUUCGGCCACGGUUUCUGCGGUCUCUGACUGGACGUGUCCGGUGUGUGGACGUGUGUUCACCACCAAAACGGGGUUAGGGGUCCACAAGCGUAGGGCCCACCCCGAAGUAGCAAAUGCGGAGGCCGCUCCGAACAUGGUGAAGCGCAGGUGGCGCGAUGAGGAGCUGGCAUUGAUGGCGCGUACAGAGGCGCGAUUACUGGAAGAGACCGGUCGCUGUACGAACGCAGACCUGCUCCAAAGCCUGUCGGGGUUCGAGCGGACCCUAGAGGCUAUCAAAGGAAAAAGGCGCUGUGGGGAAUAUAAACGCCUGGUACAAGAGUGCCGGGCAAAAGUCAAGGACGAUUCCCCACCCACGAGCAGCCAAGCGCCUGAGAGCAGGGGUUCGACACGGCCGGAAUCCGAAAGUGUCGCGCUUUCUGUCCAGCCUCUGCCAGCUGAAGACGCACCGCCUGUCGCUGAUGACCCAUCACCGCACUACUGUAGUGUCCCAGAUAACUCGUGUGCAGACCAAAUUGUCGCGGAUCUUCUUGAGAGGGCCGCGAUGAGGAGGUCGCGACACGGCCUGGGUUCCCGUAGUGCGAGGCGACUCCGCAUCUCGAACGUGACUCGGGCCGACACCGCACUGGCCGGUCUGUCGAGCCGCAAGAGGAGGAGAAUAGAGUACGCCAGGGUACAGGAACUCAUUCGAACGUGUCCCAGUCGAGCAGCAGCCGAGGUGAUCGACGGCGUGCACAGGAGCGUUCGGCAUUCUCUCGAAGACUUGGAAGCCUAUUGGCGACCAAUCCUAGAGAGGGUGUCGGAUGCCUCAGGGCCUACACCGUCUGCGCUGAACGCCUUAAGGCGGGAGGAGCAGUAUGGAGGCGCACGCGAUUACUCCCGGCUGUGGGUGCCUUUCACGACCGACGAAGUGAAGGCGUCCAAGUUCGACUGGCAAACGGCACCUGGUCCGGACGGUAUCCGCCCGGAUGAGUGGCGCCUAGUUCCUGCGGCCCGAAAAGCGGAAAUAUUCAACUCUUGGUUGACCACUGGCGUAAUACCAGAGCCCCUGCGGCAAUGCCGGACGAUCUUCGUGCCGAAGACGGACGUUCCUGCUGGGCCGGGCGACUAUCGACCGAUUUCUAUCGCGUCGAUACCGCUUAGGCACAUGCACUCGGUCCUGGCGCGGAGACUUCUGGAUUGCUGCUCCCCCCGAUGCACGACAGCGUGGAUUCGUCUGCGCCGACGGCACGUUGGAGAAUUCCGCCGUGCUGGACGCGGUGCUAGGGGAUAG